AAUUUUAAAAACGUAAUGGCGUUAUGGGCGGGGCCCACCAAGUUAUCUCCUGAGGUUACGCGAUACUCCGUUGUACCUGAGCCGUGGUGGACAGAAGCCCAGCCUGACUCCCGUCUGACUCUAGCUGCGGAGAUGAACGGUGCAGUGGCCACGGAGGCCACCAGGAGGCGGGCCCAGCCCGGUGCCAACGGGAAAACUUCUGGACAGAGGGAGGAACCGGCACAGUGGGGGAGAGCAUGGGAGGUGGACUGGUUUUCCCUGUCUGCCGUGAUCGGCCUCCUGUGCUUCGCGCCCUUCAUCGUCUUCUACUUUGUGAUGGCGUGCGACCAGUACCAGUGCUCCAUCAGCCAGCCUGUGGUCGAGCUGUACCGAGGAGAGGCCACGCUGCUCACCAUCUGGGCCCGGGCGCCGUCCGUCACCUGGACCGCAGCCAAGAUAUAUGCCAUCUGGGUGGCCUUCCAGCUCUUCCUAUAUAUGUGUGUUCCUGAUGUUAUGCAUAAGUUUAUUCCUGGCUUUGUUGGUGGAGUGCAGGAUGGAGCGCGAACUCCCGCUGGCCUCAUCAACAAAUAUGAGAUCAACGGGCUGCAGUGUUGGCUGAUCACUCACGUCCUGUGGAUCGCCAAUGCCCACUAUCUCCACUGGUUUUCUCCCACCAUCAUCUUCGACAACUGGAUCCCCCUGAUGUGGUGCGCCAACAUACUGGGCUAUGCCGUUUCCACCUUCGCUUUCCUCAAGGCCUACCUUUUUCCAACCAACUCGGAGGACUGCAAGUUCACUGGGAACGUAUUCUACAACUACAUGAUGGGCAUCGAGUUCAACCCACGCAUCGGCAAGUGGUUUGACUUCAAGCUGUUCUUCAACGGCCGGCCGGGCAUUAUUGCCUGGACCCUCAUCAAUCUGUCCUACAUGGCCAAGCAGCAAGAACUGUACGGCCACGUCACCAACUCCAUGAUCCUGGUCAAUGUGCUGCAGGCCAUUUACGUGUUGGAUUUCUUCUGGAAUGAGGCGUGGUACCUGAAAACCAUUGACAUCUGCCACGACCACUUCGGAUGGUAUCUGGGCUGGGGAGACUGUGUCUGGCUGCCGUACCUCUACACGCUGCAGGGUCUGUACCUGGUGUACCACCCGGUCCAGCUCUCUGACGCCCACGCCUUGGCCGUGCUCUUGCUCGGCCUCGUCGGGUACUACGCCUUCCGUUCCACCAACCACCAGAAGGACCUGUUCCGCCGCACGGACGGCAACUGCUCCAUCUGGGGCGGCAAGCCGGCGUACAUCGAGUGCUCGUACCGCUCGGCCGACGGCGGCCUCCACCGCAGCAAGCUCAUGACCUCGGGCUUCUGGGGCGUGGCCCGCCACUUCAACUACACCGGCGACCUGAUGGGCUGCCUGGCCUACUGUGCCGCCUGUGGCUUUGGCCACCUUCUGCCGUACUUCUACUUGGUGUACAUGACCAUCCUGCUGGUGCACCGCUGUGUGCGCGACGAGCACCGCUGCGGCAGCAAGUACGGCAAGGACUGGAAACGCUACACAGAUGCCGUGCCGUAUCGGCUGAUUCCUGGAGUGUUUUAGAGAGGAAGAGCGUAAUUAGGGGGGAAACUUUAUGUACAUUAAUUGGAAUGGUGUAUCAAGACAAACAUUAGGUAUGUGUAUGUUUCUUACACAUACCACACGACAUGCAUUCUGUAACUUGUAUGUCUCAGGACUGCUGUACGUACAAAUAUACAGGUACAGUAAAGUUGAUUGUUUUCUCUGUCUUAGUGAAGGCAGUUUUGCGACACCGCACUGCUGCUUUCUUCAUGUUGUGACAUAUUUCACAGUUUUAAAAGCGGUACAGUAUAUCUCAUGAGGUCGUAAGACCAAGCACAACUCAUACCAGCCCCAGAAACAAAGCCACUUCUGUCACGACAUUCCCGUAUUGUAGUAGUUUUAUUGGUUGUACGGUAACCCCGUUGAUUCAUUUGUUAGAUUGAUUGGGGGGAAAGAAGAAAACAAUAAUAAGUUUGUCCGUUUAAGAGAGUCGUUUAACAACACAGAGUCCAAAACAUGACUGGUUCCAGUUUUCCUAAAUGAGAAUUUGAUCCUGAAAUGUAAUACCCGUGUUUCUUUUGACAGGUGUAACGCCGCACUCAGGGCAUGAUCUGGCCUCACUCAUUGUUUUGGCUCAUGUAGAAUAAAUGACUCGAGUAAUCAUCAAUGAAAGGUGACGUAGUGGAAGUUAUUCCCCCGCUGGGUCAAAGGACCAAAUGUGACUGUUGACACUGACGAGACCUGCCUUAUAAUAAAAAAAGUUGUGUAAGAUUUGCGUAAAGGUUGUCCAAGAGCUUGGACUUACUCACUGUCAUUUUUCUUGUCUUGUUGGUGGUUGAUAAAAAUAUGUAUUUUAUUUUUUUUCCUCUAUAUAUGACUAACACAUUUGUUUUCUUUGGUUUUAUUUCCUCAUACUAGCACUACCUCUCUUAUAGUGAUAAAGACACAAGAUAAAGUUGGAUUUGGCUGCCCUCGGUGCCUCUUUACUCUGUGAAACUUUUCACCCAACCAUUCUCGCAUUUUCUGAUAUUUCCCAUUGUGUGAAUAAAUGAAAAAAUGAGUUUGAAUCUUA